GUGAUGAGGAAGACGGCAGCAGCGGGUGUCAUGUUGGCCGGGGAAGGUUCAUUUAGAACAUUAUUUAAGUUUUAUAAACGCAGAAAUCCGCCUCCUGACUUCAGUGACGUCAUUGAUUUCUCCACAGCGCGGCCCAGCGAUAAGAUCAUUCCGGCCAGACUGGACCCUGCUGCUUUGACAGAUGUUGAUGCUGCUCAGGUUGGAUUACACCCUGUCAAGGACUGGCGAGCCUUCGGCCUCUGCGGGUAUCCAGGAUUCAUCUUCAUCUCCAAUCCUUUCCUGCACCACUCCCAGGCCUUCUGGGUCAGGCAGUGUCUGAAGACCUACCCCCAGAAGCCCAAUGUGUGCAACCUGGAUCUGCACAUGUCACCGAGUGAUACCCAGGACAUCUGGGGACAGAGUUCACAUUGUCUCAGGCUUCCUCGUGGUGGAAAGCAGCAAGCCAAGACUCUGCUGGAGAAGCUGCGAUGGGUCACCCUUGGGUACCACUAUAACUGGGACACCAAGAAAUAUUCGGCAGACCACUGCUCGCUGUUCCCUGUGGAGCUGAGCUCGCUGUCCUCCUGUGUGGCGGCCGCCUGCGGCUUCCCAGGAUUCAGUGCGCAAGCAGCCAUCCUCAACUACUACCAGGCUGACUCCUCGCUGGGAAUCCACGUGGACGAGUCAGAACUGGACCACACUCAGCCACUGCUGUCCUUCAGUUUUGGGCAGUCGGCGAUCUUCCUCCUCGGAGGCCGCUGCAGAGAGGACAGGCCCACCGCCAUGUAUGUGCACAGUGGGGACGUGAUGGUGAUGUCAGGACAGAGCCGUCUCCUGUACCACGCCGUACCACGCAUCGUCCCUGCACCCCAGGGACACCCCAGCCACCGAGGUGGCGCUUCAGACCAGGAAACGUCUGUCGUGGAGAUGGUGUCUGCAGAAGACUGGGCCGUGUGUUCUAGAUACCUGCAGAGCUGCAGGGUCAACGUGACUGUGAGGCAGGUGGUGGGACCUGGACUCAGCUUCCCGCCAUCCUCCUCACCAUCUCAGCAAUGCUAACCAGAGGAGAGACUGUGAGGUAGGUGGUGGGACCUGGACCCGGAACCUGCCUGAAGCCUUUCUGGUAUUUGCUGACAGACAUGAUGUCAGUGCUUCAGACACAAACUCUGACAGUAAACUCAGAGGUCAGAGGUCACUUUUCAGAAGUUUUUAUCGCUCAGAUGAGCGAUGAUCAGAGAUCACCUGGACAGGAUGGAAUCUGGCUUUCAGUCUGAUUUCAAAGCUGAUAAACUUGUGGAGAUGAAGUCUGUCCUAUCAAGGUUGUUUGGAGGAAGGGUAAAGGUAACAGAGGUCAAAGGUCAUGAUCUGUCAGGUUUAGCAGUAAAUGAUAGACGUCUGUGUUGACAGUGUCCGUCCGUCCAUCCUCAGUGAUCCAGAUAAGUUUGUCUUCUGUUUUUAUCAGCUUGAAUGAAGAGUUUUUAUGCUGUUUGUCUUGCGUUUGAUGAUGUCAUGAACCUGUUUCUUUUAUUUGUCUCAGUUGUUGUGAUGCAAAAUGUUUUGAGGUUUUAUUCAUGAAAUAUUGCGGCUGUGUUUUCUUUAUUUUUGAUUUGUCAGUUUUAAAGUUCAGUUGGCUGUUUUUGUAGAUUUUAUUUUUAAAAUUGGCUGUGUUCUGUAUUUACUGUAUUUUCAAAAGUUUUUUUUUUUCUCAUUGCUUUUUGAGGCCCUGCGACUUAUGUAUGAAAUAUCUCACAUUCAUUGUUAAUAAUAAAAACUAUGACUGUUUAUGUCAAACCUUCCCAAAAAUCAAAGUACUCAACAAAAUAAACUCUUAGUAAUAAAAGAAAAAAUACCAGUAAUUACAAAGGACAAAAAUCCUGAAUUGCAGGGUUCAUCUGGCCUCUAGAGGGAGCUGUCACUCAGAGUGUCACACUGUACAGAGGUGAUGCCAAAAGACACCAUCAGCAUCAGGAGGGCAAAUCAUUUUUACCCUAGUAGGUUUUGGUAGUUGUGAAAUAAUUUUGUUGCUGUGUCCAAAGUGCGAUAAUGUAAAUGUCCAAAAAAUAAAUAAAUAAAAAGAGGAUGUUUAGAAA